AUGAUCUAUCGCUCAGGGCAAUUGGUCCGGACAGCCGCCCGGACCGGUGUCACCUUUGUCCCUCGCCGAACAAUCACCUCGACCCCGAUUCGCUGCGCUGCGAAUGAUGACGGAAAGAAAUCGGGCCUUUUCUCGUCCAUGAAGAACAUGUUCUUCGGAGGCGACAGUACAAAGACGAAGGUCACCCACCGACCCUCGGCCCCUAAGAAGGAAGAAGGUGGUUUAGGAGAUACCUCCAUCUUCGGAACAGACUUUACCGCACCAACAUCAGGUCCCAAACCAUCACGAGGGCCUCAAGGAGCAGAACCAGACGCUCCCUCUGACAAGUUAGUGGAUCGCGAUCAGAGUCGCGUGCUAGCCGGACUGGGUCCCGACCCCAAAGCCCAGCUACGAUGGGAAAGAAAGAUGGCCGUCCGUGAGAUCCGGAAACGGGGCCGCGUACCGGCCAAGGUGCAAAUCAAGCGCACCGAGCGCGAAUCGCUGUCGAAAUCCCACUGGUUCAAGACCUCACUCAAGAAGCUGGGUCCUCUGGCUCGCCAGAUCGCCGGCAAGAACAUCGACGAGGCUAUCCUCCAGAUGCGCUUCAGCAACAAGAAGGCUGCUAAGGACGUGCUGGAACAUCUCGAACAUGCCAAGAACGUCGCCAUUGUCCGUGCCGGCAUGGGCCUUGAGAAGUCCGUCCCCGCGAAACCGAUCAAUGUCGUCCUCAAGACUGGCGAGCGCAAGAAGAUCACCAACCCCUCCGACAUCUACAUUCAAGAGGCUUGGGUUAACCGCGGUCCCUACGGAUAUGAGAUGGAUCACCGUGCCCGUGGACAGAUCAACCGCAUGCGUCCCCCCACCACAAGUAUCUCUGUCCUGUUGAAGGAAGAGAAGACUCGCAUCCGCGAGUGGGAGGAUCGUGACGCCAAGGCCCAGCGGCAGCGCAUUUCUCAGCUCUGGACCCAGCUGCCAGAUCGCAAGAUCCCUACGCAGAACCAGUACUACAGUUGGUAA